AUGGAAUUAUUAACCUACUUCUUCCUCCUCGGAUCUCUGGUAAAGACUAUCACCGCUGGAGUGACGAUGGAGCUGAAAUUCGUCCACUACAAAAACCCCGAUGGAGAAGGAAGCAAUGGCGAAUGUUGUGACGGGAAGUCCGUGUUUUGUUUCUCGGCAUGUGAUCACACGUUCAACGUUUGUCUCGAUAAAGUGACUGGGUCGAACAGCAUAAGUGAGUGUCCUUUCGGAAACUUUGUAUCAUCUGAAAUAAGUGAUGCUGACACUAUCACAUUCGGAUCAUCAUUUGGAGGAGUGAAAAAUCCUAUGUUUUUCAGAAUGAAAUCCUGGCCGGGAUCUGUGAAACUGAAGGUGGUAGUGCACGAUGCUGAUCCCGGAUCUAACCCAAACGAUCACGUAGAAUCCCUGCAACGCGAGAUUUCAGAGAAAGUCUCACCCGAUAGAACAUCUGCCACUACGUCCAGCUACACACUCAAGAAACGGACAACCCUGUCGGUAAAGGUGAAGACAUACUGUGACAAGAAUUACUAUGGGGCUGCCUGUGAUACAUUCUGUUUACCACAAAAUAACACAAAGGGACACUACACAUGCGACAAGAAUGAUGGCAAAAGAGUGUGCUUACCUGGCUGGCAAGGUCCUUUCUGCGACGACGACGGGGUCAACGAGUGUUUGAACAACGACCCCUGUCAUAACAAUCACGUGUGUCUCGACAGACCUGUUGGAUACGAAUGCGCAUGUCCAUUGGGAACAUCUGGAGAAAAUUGUAGUUCUGUUGACUUUACCUGUGCUGAUAAACCUUGUAAAAAUGGAGGAAAUUGUUCCAUAGAGUCUGGAAAUCUAACAUGCUCAUGUAUGUUGGGUUGGAAGGGUGACCUGUGUGAGGAAACAGUGGAUCCGUGUGCUGAUAAUCCCUGUGAAAAUAACGGAACGUGUUCCAUUGAACACUUUGGAUUUUCUUGUGCUUGUCACGAAGGAUACGUCGGUGAUAACUGUAACGUUACAGUGACGACGACUACAAGUUUCACGGAGACGACAACCGUCAUCGCCGAUAUAACAACAGAAGAGAAGACAAGCAACAAAACAGACAACACAACAGAAAUUAUUCCAAUAACUACACAGCGACCUGAAACAUCUACAGUAUUGAGACUGGCAUUUAUAAUGCUGAAAGGGAGACUACUGGGAGGUAACAAAGAGGAUGUUAGGAAAGGAAUAAAAAGUCUUCUACUAGAACAACUGGACUUGAAAGGUGAUGUACAGGUCGCCAUCCAGAAUAAACCAGCACUACUUAAAAAUGGUGAGCUGGUCACCAAGGUCAUCGUAGGUGUGCGAGAAAAUGGCAAUUUUGUGGAACCAGCGUCCAUACAGAGGGUAUUCCAGGAGACAGACAUGGCGGUGCUAGAACAAUAUAUACCAUUGCCUAUUUACCGAGAGGGUGAGCCUAGGACGGCACCACUGUUGGAGGGGCACUCCAGCUGGAUUCAUGACAACUGGUACAUCGUCCUCGUCAUAUUUGUCGUCAUCAUUGCCCUAUGUAUAUUACUUACAGCAUUUGUCGUGUAUAAGAGAAAGAGAUCUGUCAGAAUGGGACAAAAAGAUGUUGUGGCGAGGCCGAAUUCCAGUGUAAGUGACGCCUUCCCUGCCCAGUCAUUCGAAAAUUCCCUUUAUUUUGAGAUGAACAACCAUCAGCGAAAGAGCAGUAAUUCCAGAGUGAAAGUCAACGUGAAUCCCACAUCGUGA